CGACCUGUUUAAUCUACAGCACCGCUUCACUUCUCCAUCUACGCUGUGGGGCUGCUGGUGGUGGGGACGUAGACGUGUGGGGCUUUGUUUCUCUUAGCUAAAGUCUCUGAAGUGUGUGUGAGGGUGUGUGUGUGUGUGUGUGUGUGUGUGUGUGUGUGUGUGUGUGUGUGUGUGUGUGUGUGUGUGUGUGUGUGUGUGAUGAAGCAGGAACAGAAGUGAAGUUGAUAGUAAACGGAAGUGAACUUUACACGCCUCACCGCCUGUAUAACGCGUAUUAGACCGUUAUUAAUGUGACGUUACGCGCUUUAGGGCAGUUUUUACUCCUCCUCUUAAGUUCAUGCCGGGUUUCUGUUUGUUUGAAGAAAAGCGCCGAGUCCGAGAGGGACAGUGUGUGAGGAAGGUGUUGUCUGUCGAUCUUCAUCAUCUUCAUCUUCAUCAUCCUUAUCACCUUCAUCAUCGGUUUCAUCAUCAUCAUGGACAAAAAGGUGCAGAUAAGAUGUGUAGAAGCGUUAUAACGCCACACAACACGGAAGAAGGGAUGGACACAGACGACACGAGUAGAAACCCGGAUGGAAAAGGUUUUUACGCCUCUGAGAACGGCUCUGUCUUCAGCCAUCACACUCCAGAUCCCAUUCGUGGUGUGUGUGUGAGCUCCACGCCACUGUACUGCCACUCCCCCUGCAGCUCCGCCUCUGUGACCAGCACCACCUGUGGUGAGGACGAGCAGAACAGCGUGGAGUCACACGACUCAGGAAUCCCCACACUGGAGCUCAGCUCACCUGAGGUGACAGAAGAGCCACAGGGUAUCGAGCCGUUAAGUCAGAGGCAGCGAGAUGCCCCGGCGACGCUGAAGCUAGAAGCAGUAGACGAGGGUGGAGCUUCGAGCCAGGUCAGAGGCGGGGCUUUGGUCUACCGAGACUCCACCUCUGUGUGUAGCACCUCCAGUCUGAGCACGGACUUCUCGGCCACGCUGUCGCUCGGCAAUGAUGACGCCGCCGGCGACUUUGUGGUGACAUCAGACUCGAGUGCCGUCGUCGAUUUUCAUGAUUUUAGCGACUUCUCUCGGUUCCCUCAAGCCACGACCAUAAAUAUCAUACAGAGGGAUCAUCCUCAGCAGCAUCACUGUGAGGCAGUGGCAAAGAAAGAGAGUCCGAUUGUGAACUUCUUCAACAGGAGGCUGUUUGGCAAAGACUCACCCCAACAGAUUCGAAGAGUUACGAAGGAAAAUGAAAAGGCCGGUGGUUCUGCAUCUCCCAGACAGAGUGUGAGGAAACAUCUGGAGUUUGAACCUCUCUCCACCACCGCGCUCAUACUGGAGCACCGGCCUGCGAAUCUCCCAGCAAAGCCGGCAGAAGAAGCUCAGAAACACCGACAGCAGUAUGAAGAGAUGGUGGCCCAUGCCAAGAAACGAGAGAUGAAAGAGGCUCAGAAGAGAAGGAGGCAGUUGGAGGAGAGAGUGCGAUUAGAGGAGAGCAUCGGCAAUGCAGCGCACACCUGGAGUCAAGAAAUCCUGCCCAACUGGCAGAGCAUGCACAGCUCUAAGAGAACGAGGGAUUUGUGGUGGCAGGGAAUUCCCCCGAGUGUGAGAGGACGAGUGUGGAGCCUUGCUAUUGGCAAUGAUCUCAACAUCACACAUGAGCUGUAUGAUAUCUGUUUGGCGAGAGCGAAGGUGAAAUGGAGCGCUUCACCUUCCUCGAUCAGCAGAGCGGAAAGCAACACAGCAGGAGACGCAGGUUUGUCUCAUGCCGACCGCGAGGCCAGUUUAGAGCUGAUCAAGCUGGACAUUUCCAGAACUUUCCCCAGUCUCUGCAUAUUCCAGCAGGGAGGGCCUUAUCAUGAUGUGCUGCACAGCAUUCUGGGAGCUUACACGUGUUACCGGCCUGAUGUGGGAUAUGUACAGGGGAUGUCGUUCAUUGCUGCAGUGUUGAUCUUGAACAUGAACACUGCAGACACCUUCAUCGCCUUUGCCAACCUGCUGAACAAACCAUGUCAGAUGGCCUUCUAUAGAGUGGACCAUAGCCUUAUGCUGACGUACUUUGCUGCGUUUGAAGUGUUUUUUGAAGAAAACCUACCGAAGCUGUUUGCACAUUUCAAGAGUAACAACUUGACACCUGAUAUUUAUCUCAUUGACUGGAUCUUCACCCUGUACAGUAAGUCUCUGCCGCUGGACGUUGCAUGUCGCGUAUGGGACGUGUUUUGUCGAGACGGCGAGGAGUUCCUCUUCCGCACGGCUCUGGGGAUCCUGCGUUUCUAUAGCGACGUCCUCACGCACAUGGACUUCAUCCACAUGGCUCAGUUCCUCACACGGCUCCCGGAGCAGAACUCCACACACACGCAGUCACACACGCUCUUCUCCUGCAUCGGGAGUAUCAACAUGAGCUGCAGGAACGGGACGUGGACACAGGUUCUGCAGGCUCUGCAGAAAGACCCGGAACAUUCCAGUCCUGUCCUGAAGCACUGACGAAUCACACGCUCGCAUGGAGGCUAGAAUAAAGUGUGUGUCUGUGUGUGUGUCUGUGUGUGUGUCUGUGUGUGUGUGUGUGUGUGUGUGUGUUACUCAGGACUUCUGUUUAAUUCAAACUCCUAGAACCGUUUUUUGAGGAGUGAAGAUCAAAGGCACACACACUCACACACUCACACUCACACACACACACACACUGAAAUCCAAAUGCCUGCUGAUGCUUCCUUAACCUCUGAAGUCAGAAACCAGUGGGGUUGAGCGAAAAAAGGGGGAAGAGAGAGAGAAAGGAGGAGUGAAAAAGAGUGAAAGGAGGAAAGGUAGAGAGAGUGAGAGGGGGAAAAAGAGAGUGUGAUAAAGAGCGAGUGUGUGAAAGGAAGUGAACGUAGGAAAGAGAGAGUGUGAGAGAGAGAUACAAGAGAGUAAGAGCUAGUGAGAGCGAGAGAAAUGGGUAAGGGGGGGCUGGGAGUGAGAGAGAAGAGUGUGAAAGGGAGUGAAAGAGAGUGAGUGUGUGAGAGAGAAUGUGCCCUUUGAUUGGUUGCUCUGGAGAACAGAAAUGACCCUCUGACCAAUCAGAGCACAGACUGUGUUGCUGUGUGAGUUUGUGUGAUGAACCACAUCCUCCUGCACUAAACACAGUGAUGUUACUGCAGCUCUACAGGAACUUUAGCACUGUAACCAGACUCUGUCAUCUCCUCCAGCUCUUAUCGUUCUGUUAUUUAUACAACUAUAGCGUCAAAAGUAUGUGCCCCCUGACCAUCACACUCGCACAGUUGUAUCGAAUGUCUCCGUUUACUGCAGCUUUACACUUUCCCUGAAAACGAAACACAGAGCUCCAUGAAGAAACAAUGUGGAGGAUGUGAAGGUCGGAGUGAAGAACUCGAGUGUCCUGCACUGAGCUCUGACUGUGACUCGACCCCACCGAACACCUUUAUAACGAACAGGAACUGGAGUCUCCUCAACAUCAUCCUGAACAUCAGAGUCUGAUCUCACUGAUGCUCUCGUAGCUGAAUGAACACUAUUCCACACACACACACACACACAAUCCAACAUCUAGUGGUAAGACCUGUGACGUGUAGUGAAGAAGAGUGGAGCUGGUAAUACAAGGGUGUGAUGUUCAUGGGGGCACAAACUUUUAGUCAUAUAAUAUAUCUAUAGCUGAGUUUCUUUCGUUUUCUUUCUGGUUUUUAUUUGUCUUUCACACACUUUGGGUUUGUACACUGUUGUGCUGCUUUAAAAAAAACAGACAGUGUUUGUGUGUGUGUGUGUGUGUGUGUGUGUGUGUGUGUGUUUUUCUGUUAUUUGUUAGUUUGUAAGAUUGCGUCCUGUUUUUUUAUUUAAUGCUGAAGGAGUCUAAAUCUGCACUUUUCAUCCAUUACACCAAAGUGUCCUCUGCAGCUCAGAGACAGACCGAAAGAAAGAAAAGACGAGCUUUAUGGACUGUAAAGUAAAGCUGCACACACACGCACACACACACACACACACACGUCUGCUCGAUCGGCAAUCGAGUGCCGAAUAGUUUUGGAUAUUUAUAACCGUUUGUGUCACCGAUUCUCCGAACUCUGUUUCUACAGAAGCUUGUGGUGGUUUUUUUGUGUUGUUUCUAUGUUUUGUUUAGUUUUUUUUUUUUUUCAUCACCUACAGCUUCGUUUACUUCCCUGUUAUAAACACCCUUUUCUCACAUUUCAUAUUAUCGCUCUUUCUUUCUGAAGUUCAUCUGUUGUGUUUGUGUUUUUGUUUUUUUUUUGUUUUUUGACAAGUCUGUGUUCCUGUAAAAUGUCUUUCUUGUCAAAGAGAAUUAAAGACUUGAACUGAA